AUGCAUCAAGAGCACAGCAGCCAGAAGAUAAAUGGUGCAGCUCACGGCUACAGAUAUCACCCGGAGAAAAUUCAUGGAAAACAGAAUCCACGGCCAGGAAAGAUCAUUCUGUUUUCUGAGCCUGGAUUCAGGGGACACAGACAUGAGAUCUACAGUGAUGUGGGUAACAUGAGUGAUUGGGAUCUGCAGGGAACAGUUUCUAUCUGCAUUGUACGAGGAGGGUGGCUUCUGUAUGAAAAACCACAGUUCCGUGGCAAGCGUGUAAUGCUAACAGAAGGUGACACUGAUCUGUCCUGUCCUUGGGAGACUGACACAGCAACGUCACAAAACAUCGCAGCUAAUACAAAGAAGCCCAAAUUUUGGAUUGGUUCAUUGCGCCAUGUGGUUCGAGAUUUCCAAGUUCCACAGAUAAGUCUGUUUAUGGAAGAAAAUGGAGAAGGCAAUAAAGUGACAAAAAUUGGAGCUACUCCAGAUUCACGUGUACAUGGCCACCCAAUUAAGACAGAAUCCAUCAUUGUGCACAGUGGAAUUUGGCUGGUGUACAGCAAUCCAUUCUUUGAAGGUGAUCCUUACAUACUAGAACCUGGGGGGUAUCCAAACCGGAAAGCUUGGAAUGGGCAGGACUCACACUUGUGUUCCUUGCAACCUGCACGAAUUGGAGGCCCCACAGUGGAGAAAGCUAAUGAACCUAAGAUUGUCUUAUUUAAAUACCCUGGGUUUGACGGUCCUAUUUGGGAAGUCUCCAAAAACCUGAACUCCCUGGAGGAUGAACUAAACAGUGAAGGAGAGUACUUCCUUACUGUGGGAUCCAUCAGAGUACUGGGAGGGUGUUGGGUAGCAUAUGAAAAAGAAGGUUUCCGUGGUCAUCAAUACCUUUUGGAGGAAGGAAAAUAUAAAGAUUGGUCUAUAUGGGGUGGAUGUUCUGAAGAACUAGGAUCACUUCGACAUAUUCGUACAGAUUUUUCACAGCCUGAAAUAGUGCUGUAUGAGGAACCUGACUGCUCAGAUGGUCCAUGCUUACGCCUAAAUGAAGCACUGUCAGAUAUCGAGGUAGCUCAGUAUGGGACGAAAACAGAAUCCAUCCAUGUGUUGAAUGGAGUGUGGGUGGCCUAUGAGAAUGUUGACUUCUCAGGAGAGCAGUACAUUCUGGAGAAAGGAAUCUAUCACAGUUAUGAAGACUGGGGAGCCAAUGAUAGUCGAAUCUGCUCUGUACAGCCUGUACUACAGGUUGGAGGACAAACCCUUCGGUAUUCUCCCAAGAUUCAGCUAUUUUCUGAGCCUAACUUCCAUGGUGAAUGUAUGACCUUUGUAGAAGAUCACUCGUUGAUCCCAGAAUCAUUCUCAAUGCAGUCUUGUCGUGUAGAGGUUGGAAGCUGGAGCUUGUAUGAAGGUGAAGAAUGUUGUGGAGAGCACUACAUACUGUCUGAGGGAGAUUACCCAACAAGAACUGCCAUGGGCUGUCAGGGCUUUAGUACAAUACGCUCUCUCAAGAGGGUUCCUCUUUAUUUCUCUAUGCCCUCCAUUUCCCUACACGGUCUGGAGAAAUUCGGGGGGAAAGAGCUGAAUUUCAGAUCAGAAAUUCGGAGUCUGCAGGGAGAAGGAUACAAUAACCAUGUGCUGUCCAUACGAGUGAAAAGCGGAAUAUGGGUGCUGUAUGAGCACAGUGAUUACCGGGGAAGACAGUGGUUACUAGAGUGCACUCAAAUUCCAAACUGGUUGCUUUACAGUGGCCUCCAGAGAAUUGGAUCACUUUGUCCUAUCAGACAGAGGAGGGUGUAUUUACGAAUACGGAAUCGUGUACUGGGUCUGUUCUUAUGUGUUCCCGAGCCAUCAGAAGAUAUGAAAGCUGCUCGGGUUCAACUCUCUGAGCCACAGGAGGGGAGCUGUGAUCUUUGGUUUUAUGAGGAAGGACGCAUAAAGAAUCAGCUGGUUCCUCACAUGAGUCUCCAAGUAAUUGGUAAUGCUAACCAAGGGACAAAGGUGGUUCUCUGGUCUGAGGAGCGGAAACCAGUACAAACUUGGACCCUGGAAGACUCUGGUUAUGUAGUCAGUUGCCUGUUCAAAGGCUUGUGUCUAGACAUAAAAGGUGGCAAUGGCUAUGACUCUAACCAUGUUUUGGUGUGGGAGGUGUCAGAAGAUAGACCUACUCAACGAUGGAAUCUGGAAGUAUACUGAGACUUCCAUGACUAAUACGUCUAGUGCUUUAUGAGCCAAUAUGUUUCCUGAUUCUUAAAUGCUACUUGUAAAGCUGCUUAUGGAUACCCAAUUUGUAUAGUGUGAUAUGAAAACCAGAAG